AUGGUAUACGAUUCGUUGACUGAGGCUCCUCACAACCUCAAGGAGGGUAUUGACUGGUUGGUGGCCCUUAAGGGAACUGAUGCUGAAAGGAACCUGAAGGCUAUGAGUGCCGCACUUCACAAAUUCCUAGCAGACAAGCCUGUUGGCAAGAUGGAGGUACCAGCUCUCGAAGAUAUUAAGAAGUCUACUAAGGAAUUCAUUGGACAACAGAGCGUUAAGGACCUGUGGCCCGCAAGCGAGCUGCUCGGGAGAUUCAGCAAGCGUAUGAAUAAGUCCAUUCACUUCAAGUUCUUUGGCACUGUCGAUGAAAGCGAUUAUAAAAACGUCGUCAAGUCCCGGGGUCUCAAACCUGAAGACAUCGCAGCUAACUUAGCUAAGGCUGUGGAUGGUUGUGAGAAGUUCUUGGAAAAGAUCAAAUCCGCUGACCAGUACAAGUCUGCUUACAGCUCGGAAGCUACGUGGGAGGCAUCAUGCGCCAAAGAUCCGGAAGCUUGCGCAGUUGUCCUCGUGGGAAUUGCUCCUAUGUUGUACACGGGCCUACGUUCUUUGCGGUUUGCAAGCCAUGCAUCGCGCUUUAAUUGGGUGCCAUUUUCGAAGAAGAUUAAUUUGGGAAGUGUAUUGGAAGCCUUGGGUUACAAAGGGGCGGAACGCCGCGCUAACAUGAGCGGUUCUUAUGUCUUCGAGGCACUGGAAAAUGUGAAGUUGAAGAUGUUGAUCACGCUAUACGACCUCUCUGGAUUUUGGGCUUUCUAUUGA